CGAGUAACAGGACCCUCUGUGGCGCAAAAAUGGAGGAUAACGUUAAGGACCUCUGUCGACCUCAGAUGUAUUUAUUUGGUUGCUCAUUGAAAGCUGGUAAGAAAGAGCACAAAGUCGAGUUAGAUGAUGAUGAGGCUGAACAUCAACUGUCACUCAAGGCGGUGUGUUUGGGUGCUGAGGCGGAGGAUAAAUUCCACACCGUGGAAAUGGAGGGAUUGGCCUACGAUGGCAAAAUGACCAAAAUCACUCUUGCUGUACUGAAGCCAUCCGUUCUGCCUUCUCUAAGUCUGGGAGGUUUUGAGGUCACGCCUCCUGUGUCCUUUCGCCUGCAGUCCGGAGCGGGGCCGGUCUACAUCAGCGGUCAGCAUUUCGUCAGUCUGAAGGAAUCAGAUGAUGAGGAUGAGGAAGAGGAGGAGAAUAAUACAUCACCAGUGAAGAGACCGUCCAACAUGACCCUUGCAAAAGUGCCUCAGAAAAAGCUGAAAAUGGACACAGACGAAGACGAGGAUGAGGAUAGUGAUGAAGAUGAUGAUGACGACGAUGAUGAUGAUGAUGAUGAAGAAGACGAUGAAAAGCCUGCUGAAAAGAGCCCCAUCAAAACCCCUCAAAAAACCCCAGAGAAGAAGAAAAGUGCAGAUAAGCAGAACGGCUCUCCAGACAAGAAAGCGGGGACAUCAGGGAAGCCCCAAACGCAGACACCACAGAAAGUAAAAGACAAGUCUGCAGCAGGGCCUUCUGGGAAGACUCCUAGCACUCCCAGCCUGAGUGAGGUCAAAAGCAAACUUGCAUCAACAGCUAAAGAGGGGAAGCCACUUCCAAAGACGGAACAGAAGUUUGAGAACUACGCUAGAAGCGCUUUCAAGAUCUCCGAUAAACAAGUGAUCAAAGACCUUUGGAACUUUUUACAGUCACUAAAAAAGUAAUGGCUGCACUGCGCUCCCCUUCCCGUCCCGGUGCAGCAGAAGUCUGGGGUGAGCCAGUUACGGCACUUCAGCUGUACGAUCUGGCCUUUUCCCAUCUUAACGUGAUCCGUCUGCUCUUCUCUCACUUUGAAGAUGGAUAGAGCAAAAGGAGCAUCAGCAAUGGCAGAGAUAUCAUGCAUCAUGUUUUUAUGUGUAUUUCUUAUAAUUAUGGAUUUUUUUUUUUUCUGUCAAGUCCACAGUGGAUCUUAAAAGAACAUGUAAUGGGACGUUUUGCUAAGAUAGUUUUAAUUUUAAAAAAGAAUCCGAAUUGGUAAAUCUCACUAAAUUCACAAACUUGUGCAGGUCAUAUUUUACCUCAAAAUUCAAAAGAGAUUAUAUUUUGCGUGAAGGAAAUUAAGCCUAUUUUGGACUAUACAAGUGUUUUGCAUUAUGUUUUUUUCUUUUUUUUCUUUUAUAAGAAUGAAGCACAUUUCCCCUUAAUUUUCAUUAUCAGUAUUUAUGCAUCAUGGAAUGAUCUGUGGUAGAGAUUAUAAUUUAUGGUUAUUUAAUAAAAAAAAAAUUAUAAUAAUUGUACUAUUUUAUAUUAGUAAAAAUCACCAUUAAAAAUAAUGUUGGGGGGAACUUUAGUAACUCAUUCUGGCACAUUAUGAUCAUGAGAAUUUGGGGUGUAUAUAUAUAUAUAUAGAUAUAUAUAUAUAUAUCUAUAUAUAUAUAUAUAUCUAUAUAUAUAUAUAUAUAGAUAUAUAUAUAUAUAGAUAUAUAUAUAUAUCUAUAUAUAUAUAUAUGCAAAAAUGCUCAUGGUCAAUAAAAAAGCCUUUUUUAAUGCAAAAUAUAAUUUCCCUUGUUUUCUUUAGCAUUUUAGGUAAAAUAUGAUCCUGGGUGUUUUUGUUAGCAUCGCUUUAAAAUAGAAAAUAGAAAACCAAUAUUGGUUGGUUGGUGCUUGUUUAUCACACGUUUAGUAAAAUGUUUUGUGAGGCCAUUUAAAAAAAAAAAAAAAAAAAAAAAAAACAUUGUUAUCAUAAAUGUUAUCUUGAGCAAAAUAUUUUUUUACACUACCAACCCAUUUUGCUUCUUGUGUAUAUUUGAAACCAUAAUCACUGUAAAUGGGCCUCUUAAUUUCUUCAUGUGAAGAUGGCAGCUGAGGUGUAGUAAUUCUGAAGAUUCAGUCAUAUUCUGAUUGUUCCGUCUGAUUAAAGAUUCCGUCUAGUUCACAGAAUUCCAUGCAGCCCUUGCAGCAAUUCCCACGGCCUUCAACAUUAAAAAAAUUAUAAAACAAUCAAUUACCAAUUAAUACAAUUAUCAGUUAACACAAUUUAGUGCUAUAGACUCUUUUAUUAAAAUCCUCUUGAGAAGCACGGCCAGAAUAUCAUACCUUGUUAAAAAGAUGAUUGUUAGUACAUGUCUGGUUGAUUUGAUGCCUUAAAAUCGGAUUUCACUUUUAUGUUUUUUUUUUAAGUUGUUUUUAUUUGUAUAUUUUUACUAAACCAUUUUAAUUUGCCAGCACUAAUAGUUAAAACACUGAAAUAUACAUAGGUGUUUUUUUGAAAGCAGAUCUGUUUUAAUUAAAAUUACAUGUUGUGUCUCCCUGUGUAAUUGGUACAAGUGUUUUUUUUUUUUUUUGUCUGACAAAGUAAAUGCUUAAAACAAGCAGGGCAUUGCAACAAAACUGUAUUGUUCCAUAAUGAUCAACAAAAUGGUUUAUAAUGCAGUCGCUCAGUGCAGCCAACGCUAUCUCACGUCCAAUUCGUACGUAUUUUACGAGGUGGCUUAUUCGUACAAAUUUGUACGACCUCACUCAUACGAUUUUAUACGAUUUGUCUAAACCCCAGUGACGGUUAGGUUUAGGGGCGGGGUUAGGUGUAGGUCAUUUGUACAAAUUCAAAUUUGUGCAACUCAUAAAAUACGUACGAUUUGGCAACAAUCGUAUGAAUUUGUACGAGUGUGGUCGUACGAAUUUGUACGAAUAAGCCACCUUGUGAAAAAUUGACGAAUUGCCGUGAGAUCGGGUUGAUGCAGCUUGUUUGUUGAUGUUGAUUAAACUUGGAGCUGUUAAAUUUUUGUUGCAUCAUUCUGCUCGCUAGCAUUGUUAGAUUAAGUUCUUUUCUUGAAUGGAAAUUGAGGUAAUCCAUUUUUAGUUAAUCUGUGAAAUAAAUACUGUAUAAAAA